GCUGCUGCACGGCUCCCGGCCCCGGAGCAUGCGCGAGAGCCGCCCCGGAGCCCCCCGCCGCCCCGCCCGCGGCCCCGCGCCCCGCCGCCAGCGCAUCCCCGGACGCUAUGGCCCACCCCUCCGGCCGGCCCCGCGUGUAGGAUGGUAGCACACAACCAGGUGGCAGCCGACAAUGCAAUCUCCACGGCAGCAGAGCCUCGACGGCGGCCAGAGCCUUCCUCCUCCUCCUCCUCCUCCUCCUCUUCUUCCUCCGCCUCCUCCUCCGCGGCGCCCGCGGCCCCGGCGCGCCUGCGGCCCUGCCCGGCGGUCCCGGCCCCGGCCCCGGGCGAGACGCACUUCCGCACGUUCCGCUCGCACGCCGAUUACCGGCGCAUCACCCGCGCCAGCGCGCUCCUCGACGCCUGCGGCUUCUACUGGGGGCCCCUGAGCGUGCACGGGGCGCACGAGCGGCUGCGCGCCGAGCCGGUGGGCACCUUCCUGGUGCGCGACAGCCGCCAGCGGAACUGCUUCUUCGCCCUGAGCGUGAAGAUGGCCUCGGGCCCCACGAGCAUCCGCGUGCACUUCCAGGCCGGCCGCUUCCACCUGGACGGCAGCCGCGAGACCUUCGACUGCCUCUUCGAGCUGCUCGAACACUACGUGGCGGCGCCGCGCCGCAUGCUGGGGGCCCCGCUGCGCCAGCGCCGCGUGCGGCCGCUGCAGGAGCUGUGUCGCCAGCGCAUCGUGGCCACCGUGGGCCGCGAGAACCUGGCGCGCAUCCCCCUCAACCCCGUCCUCCGCGACUACUUGAGCUCCUUCCCUUUCCAGAUCUGAGCGGCCGCGCACGCAGCAUUAACUGGGGCGCCUCCUUAUUAUUUCCCAUUAUUAAUUAUUAUUUCCCCGGAAUAAUAACGUUGGGGCUGGGGGUGCCUUCCACGCCUGGGUUGGAGGGAGCGGGCGGGGGGGGGGCGAUGCGCCUCCCCCUGGCUGCCGGGGGUCCAGGCCGCAGACCCCUCCCCAGCUCUUGGGGCGGGCGCGCCCCCUCCAGGUGCUCCCUCUGGGUCCCCCUGGUUGUUGUAGCAGCUUAAUUUAACUGUGUCUGGCGCCGGAACCUCCUACCUCUUCAUGUUUACAUAUACCCACUUAUCUUUGCACAAACCAGGGGUUGGGGGAGGGCCUCUGGCGUUAUUUUUCUGCUGUGCAGAAACCUAUUUUAUAUUUUUUACAACCAGAUUAGGGAAUAAACUUUAUUAUGAAAGUUUUUUUUUUUUUAAA